GGCUGACCGAACCGAGCAACUUGGGAAGCCGGUGGAGGGGUUCGGGAGCCGUAACGCUGCGAUACAGAGUGUGAAAACACGCACUUGGCGUCUUUGGAGUAUUUCAGACCUAUUGUUGUGGUCUUAGGUCUUAACACGCUAUGAAAAACUCUGGUUCUGCUUUUUGAAGCACCUGACAAUGUGAAACGGGCGUUUCUCUGUUCCAUUCCUCAUCUCUUUUUCUUUGUUUUUCCCCUUCUUUAAAGGGGCUGCGUGUUACAAGUCCUCUGUAUUAGGAGAUACCUUAAUGCUGGCUUUGACGAUCCUUUCUUCUAACACUUGCAUCUUCUGAAGAAGUUUCAGCUGUUGGUUGCGUGGGGGAUGAUUUCCCAUGCUUUGAAUUCCUCUCACUGCUAUAGCUUUAGCUAAUGUUAAAGCUACUUACGCUUUUAAAAUAAUACGCUCACAGCUUUACAGGGUUUGGCGGAAAGGGUUGAGAAGGGCCAGAAGUUAUCACUACAAUUAGGAAAAUACCUGCUGUUCCUUCUAGAAUCACUCCAGUUUAUGCAAGCGAGAUAAAGGAGAAAUUUGCUGGAGUUGGGGGAGGAUUUUAGUUCUCAUUCUUGAGAAGUAAAUACGCUCUCUAACAACAUUGCAGAAGCUUUUGUGAAAUCUGGAGCUUCACUUCCUUUUUCUUAAAGGCUUAUAGAAUAAUUCUGGACCUUCUUGAACAAAGUGCACCUGUCACACAUAAUAAGUUUGGGGGUGGGGGGGAGAAGCUUACAAAUCAUACCUUGCAUUCAUAAUAGUCAUGAAUUCCUUGGUGAGAAAUACUUGCCUCAUAACUAAGGUUACUAAUGAUUUUUAAACUCUUUCUAGAGAGAGAGAGAAACGUGGUAUGUAAAGAACAAGUUUAAAUACUGUCAUGGUAGAUGUACAACAGCUUAGAAAGAAGACAGUCACUCCUUACAGUUCCAUGUAUAGAGUAAGCAAUGAGCAAACAGGAAUGCUGAAAGGCUCAAAAGUCGUCCAGCAACUCGAGAGGGUGGAAACUCUGCAAGAGGAAAGGUGCAUCUGAUUACCUGCUGGAAAUACUUUGAAGUAUCAACAAUGAACUCGAUGUUAACAUUACUUUUUUCUGGAAUAGUUGCCUGUUGUGCUCACGCUACUGGCCAUUCGGUAUCCAGGUUACUCCUCGUGUCCUUUGAUGGCUUCAGGGCUGACUACUUGGAAACCUAUAAACUUCCUCAUCUUCAGGAGUUCAUUGCGGAUGGUGUGCUUGUAAAACAAGUUACGAAUGCUUUUAUUACCAAGACUUUCCCAAACCAUUAUACCAUAGUGACAGGCUUAUAUGAAGAAAGCCAUGGCAUCGUAGCUAAUGACAUGUAUGAUGCAGAUGCCAAGAAAAAGUUUUCACAGUUCAAUGAUUCAGAUCCCUUCUGGUGGAAUGAGGCAAUUCCAAUUUGGGUAACAAAUCAACAACAGAGAAAUGGAGCAAGCGCUGCUGCAAUGUGGCCCGGUACCGAUGUAAGAAUUAACGAUACUACCCCUCAGUUCUUUAUGAAGUAUAACUUUUCAGUAACAUUUGAGGAGAGAGUGGAGAAAAUUGUUGCCUGGCUGAACAGCUCUAAUCCAGUAGUCAGUUUUGCUACUUUAUACUGGGAAGAACCAGAUGCAAGCGGGCACAAGUAUGGACCAGAGGACACUGAGAACAUGCGCAAAGUAUUAGAAGAAGUGGAUAAUCAUAUUGGUUUCCUUACUGAUAAAUUGAAGGCAGUCGGUUUGUGGGACACUAUUAACAUCAUAAUAACAAGCGAUCAUGGAAUGGCCUCCUGUUCCGCAAAGAAGCUGAUUAUCCUGGAUGAAUGCAUCGGUCGCAAUAAUUAUACUCUGAUAGACAAGAGUCCAGUUGCUGCAGUGCUGCCAAGGCAGAACAAGACAGACGUGUACAACUUACUGAAAACCUGCAACAGUCACAUGAAAGUAUAUUUUAAGGAAGAAAUUCCAGACAGAUUUCAUUAUCGUCAUAAUAAGAGAAUUCAACCCAUAAUUCUGGUUGCAGAUGAAGGCUGGACAAUCGUACAAAACGAAUCGCUUUCAAAAUUAGGUGACCAUGGCUAUGACAACGCUCUCCCAAGCAUGCAUCCAUUCCUGGCUGCUCGCGGACCUGCUUUUCAUCGGGGUUACAAGCAGAGCACAAUGAACAACGUUGAUAUUUACCCCAUGAUGUGCCACAUCCUGGGACUGACACCACGACCGCACAAUGGCACUUUCAGUAACACCAAGUGCUUGCUCGCUGACCAGUGGUGCAUAAAUCUCCCAGAAGCUAUUGGGAUAGUUAUCGGGGCUUUUAUGAUACUGACUACUUUCACCUGCAUUAUAAUAAUCUCAAAGAAUAGAGUAACUCCCCCGAGACCAUUUUCCCGACUUCAGUUACAAUACGACGAUGACGAUCCUUUAAUUGGAUAGCGCGUAGGGAGCCUCGCCUCACCUCGCUUGCUAAAUAGUGAUUUCAGGAAGAGAGUUUGAACUUGCGCUGGAUGGCAUUCUUUGAUGCACUUUAAUGGUAUCUGUGUAAAAUACUGUACAGCCCGAUCUUGCUAACUUGUUUGUGCUACCUGACUAGUAUUCCUGUAAAAAUAUUUCCAUAACAAAAUGGCGAACAGGUGGCUUUCUGCUGGAAGAUAACGCUUAACAAAAGAAGGAUGCUUAAUUUUUCAUUCAAGCCUUUGAACACUUUCAAAGUGAAAUUCCAAAGUAUGAACUAACCCGGAUAGAGUAAGUGAAUUUUAACAUUUGUAAAUGGUAAUUGGUUUUUUUGUAUUAAAUUUAAAUUAAUGUUGACUUUUUUAGUGUUCUUGUACCUGUGUUGGAAAGAAGAUUGUUUUUUAUGAGAGUUAGAAGUUAGUUCUGUUUGGACAGUGUAUUCUGAUUUUGUUCUUAAAUCUGGGGACAGAGGCUGUAGAGAAGAUCCAGCCAGCCAUAUGACCAGAAGCUGGUGAGAAGGAAAAGAGAAGUCAGUAAGGAAAGAAUUGGUGCAUAUUGCUUCUGCUUUGAGCAAUAAAGUGCGUGGUUCAGCAGAUUGACAUCUCUAGAUCUGUGUUUGUGGAUGACUUAGUUCCACAGUUCCUGCGCUUGGGGAGUCAGGAUGGUACUAGUUGUUUAUCUCAAGGAUGUCAAUUUAAUCUGAGAAUCCUUGGAUUCAGUUUAAUGGGCUGUAGUAGUAAAAUUACGGCUUCUGAACUCUGUGAAAAGUUUUUCAGGUGUAAACUCUGCUGAAGGUGGUUUUUUUAAUAAACGCGGUUGUGCCCUGUGUACCAGCUCAUAAUUAUCUUUUGAAGGCUGUUAUGGACUAAAAAGCAACAACUGAAAGUUUGAAAUUCAGUCAUCAUGCAAGGAUUCCAAACUCUUAUUUUAAACCCUGGAAAUCUAAAGUGGGGGAAAAAAAAAAAAGAA